AUGUGCGAGCGGGCGGCGCGCCUGUGCAGGGCCGGCGCGCACAGGCUGCUCCGGGAGCCGCCGCCGCAGGGCCGGGCGCUGGGCGGGCUGCUGCGCUGGGUGGGCGCCAGGAUGGGCGAACCCCGGGCGCCACUGGCCCCCGAGGCCCCCGCCCCUGCCGCUGACCCCGGCCCCGCUCCCGCCGCCCUGCGCGGGGGCACCGCCGUCAUCCUGGACAUUUUCCGCCGGGCAGACAAAAAUGAUGACGGGAAGCUGUCCUUGGAGGAAUUCCAGCUCUUCUUUGCAGAUGGCGUCCUCAACGAGAAAGAGCUGGAGGAUCUCUUCCACACCAUCGACUCUGACAACACCAACCACGUGGACACCAAGGAGCUAUGUGAUUAUUUUGUGGACCACAUGGGGGACUACGAGGAUGUCUUAGCCUCCCUGGAGACCUUGAACCACUCUGUCCUGAAGGCCAUGGGCUACACCAAGAAGGUGUACGAGAGUGGGAGCAACGUGGACCAGUUUGUGACCCGCUUCCUCCUGAAGGAGACAGCCAAUCAGAUCCAGUCACUGCUCAGCUCUGUGGAGAGUGCCGUGGAGGCCAUCGAAGAGCAGACCAGCCAGAUCGGACAGGACCACUGCAAACCCAGCCACGUUGUCAUGGAGACCUGGUACGGAGGGCCCACUCCUCCCUAUGCCCCCACCCACAAGCUCAUGGCCCCGGAGCAAGGGAAGAGCCUGCUGCCUGCCACCGGGGACCCAAAGGAGGAGGGUCUGGAGGCCCAGAUCGGCAGGUUGGCAGAGUUGAUUGGCAGGCUGGAGAGCAAGGCCCUCUGGUUUGACUUGCAGCAGCGCCUCUCAGACGAAGAAGGCACCAACAUGCACCUGCAGCUGGUCCGGCAGGAGAUGGUGGUGUGUCCUGAGCAGCUGAGUGAGUUCCUGAACUCCCUGCGCCAGUACCUGCGGGGCACUGCGGGAGCAACGAGCUGCUUCCACAUCGCCGCGGUGAGGCUGUCGGACGGCUUGACCUUUGUCAUCUACGAAUUUUGGGAGACGGAGGAGGAAUGGAAGAGGCACCUGCAGAGCCCCGUGUGCAAGGCGUUCCGGCAUGUCACGGUGGACACGCUGAGCCAGCCUGAGGCCCUCUCCCGGAUCUCGGUGCCAGCUGCCUGGUGCACCGUGGGCCGAGACUGAUCCCUCCCCACAGCCCGGGAAGAGCCUGCCAUCCAC